CUGUUGUUCUUGGAGCUCACUCCCUUCGUACUGUGAAAAAGUUGCCGUUUUCUUUCUUUUUUUUGGGUUUCCUUUUGCGUCGUGGGUCUGGAAGGGGGAGGUUGUUUUUUCGCGUUUUCCUUGUGAAUUUUUCGUUUUCUUGGUUUCGUGGGUCACGUCGCUUUCUCGUGCUGCUCUUGCUCGCUAAAUUUCUUCUUCGGCACUGAUGGUGCACGUCUGGCCCCGUGGUUCUUCUUCGUUUUAGUAAUGGGUUUUUGACUUUCUUUCGGGCGAAACAUUCGGCUGCUGAACAGACACGUGAUUGCGUAUGCGUUUGUGCGGUUGAACGUGUCGAAAUUUCUCUUCUUUCGCUUUCAAAUUGGGAAUUCGGUUCCUACAUAUUGCGAGGAUGUCGUGGCCUGUGCCGUUUCAUUCCGCGUGCGGCGGUGACUGAGUUCAUUGAACGACGGACCGAGCAUGUCCAACCAAGUGGAUGAAGUGGAUUACAUGGCGGAGGAGAGAGAAGCCGCUGACUUUAUCGAUGAAGUGGAUGAAGAAAACAAUGGUGAAGCUGGUGGCAACGUUCCUGAUGAAUAUGAAAUGCUCACGAAGAUCACUGAUACGUCUGCCGUGCAAGCAAGAAAGGGGAAAGACAUCCAGGGUAUCCCUUGGGAGAGACUGAACAUAACCAGAGACAAGUACAGGUUAACAAGGAUUCAACAGUACAAAAAUCACGAGAAUGUACCGGUCUCUGGGGAUGUUGCAGAUAAGGAAUACAAACAAGUGGAGAAGGGCGCCAAUUACUAUGAUUUCUUUUACAACACGAGGGUGGUUAAGCCUACAAUACUUCACUUUCAGCUCAGAAACUUGGUGUGGGCUACUUCGAAACACGAUGUUUAUCUGAUGUCGAACUACUCAGUCAUGCAUUGGUCUUCAUUGACUUUCAAUUUAAAGGAGAUUCUCAAUUUCUCUGGACAUGUAAAACCUACCGAGAAACACGCAGGAACUCUGCUGGAAGGCUUUAUGCAGACACAGAUCAGUACUUUGGCAGUCAAGGAUAAUUUCCUUGUAGCAGGUGGCUUUCAGGGAGAGAUUUUUUGUAAGCGCUUGGACAGAAAAGGGGUGAGCUUCUGCACGAGGACCACAUAUGAUGAUAAUGCAAUAACGAAUGCUGUGGAAAUUUAUGACAGCCUGAGCAGGGGUGGGAUGCAUUUUAUGGCAGCCAAUAAUGACUGUAGCACAAGAGAAUAUGAUUUGGAGAGAUUUCAAGUCGUGAAUCACUUGCGACAUCCCUGGCCUGUAAAUCAUACAUCAAUCAGCCCGGACCGUACAUUGACUGUUGUUGUUGGUGAUCACUUUGAUGGGUUGCUGGUGGACACACAAAAUGGAAAGAGCGUCGCUAACUUAACUGGCCAUCGAGAUUACUCCUUCGCUUCAGCAUGGCACCCGGACGGACGGGUUUUCGCCACGGGGAAUCAGGACAAGACUUGCCGAGUAUGGGACAUAAGAAACCUGAAAUCACCAAUCGCCAGUCUCAAGGGUAACCUCGGAGCCAUCCGAUCGAUCAAAUUCUCAUCUGAUGGCCAAUUCAUGGUAAUGGCCGAACCAGCGGACUUUGUGCAUGUGUACAGUACAAAAGCAGACUAUAACAAGAGUCAGGAGAUCGACUUUUUCGGGGAGAUCUCUGGCGUUUCCUUGAGCCCAGAUAACGAGUCGUUAUACAUUGGUAUCUGGGAUCGGACUUAUGCCAGCCUGCUUCAGUAUAAUAGACGGCACACCUACAGAUACCUCGACGCCUUUCUGUGACUUACGUGUUAACUUGGACUGACCGGUUGCACAACCAUGCCUUCUCCUUUUUGGUUGAGCUCUAGUUCCUAAUCGUCCGAUACGGCAUUUAUUACUGUAAAUGAAUGUUCAUGAUUGCUUGAGAAUAGUAAUCUUUUCCAUAGUCAAUCA